AUGUUGACUAUGGAUCUGUCGUCAAUCAUUCAACUGGCCUUACUACCGCAGCAAGACCUAUUAGCAAACUUUGUCCAGAAACCUCUUUUGGCACCAGCAAAAAAAUCCUCAACCUCGUCCUGUAAUAUGUCUUCAGCGGAUCCAAAUCACUUCGAUGUACUUGUACUUGGCAGUGGUGAGGCUGGUAAAUAUAUAGCAUGGACUCUUGCCUCGCAAGGGGGUAAACGGUGUGCUGUCAUCGAAAGGCGUUGGCUCGGAGGAUCAUGUCCUACUAUCGCUUGCCUUCCCAGCAAGAACGUCGUUCAUACAGCAAACGUGAUCUAUGAAGCCUCCCAAGGUCAAUCUUACGGAAUACUCAACUCACCAGGUAAAUUCGACCUAUCCAUGACUGUGGUUCGCGAGAGGAAGAGGGAAAUGGUCUCUGGUCUGGUAGACAUGCACGCGGGCAAGUUCAAGGAGUUCGGUGUUGAGCUUAUCUGGGGUCAGGGGACAUUCGUUGGACCGAAGAGUAUUGAAGUCGUUGGCAAAGAUGGCGAGAAGCAAGUCUUGACUGGGGACAAGAUUGUGAUCUCUACUGGGUCCAGAGCACGAAUCGAUGACAUCCCGGGACUGAAAGCCGCAAACCCACUGACACAUAUCGAAAUCUUGGAAUUGGAUGUGUUGCCGAGCCAUCUCAUCAUCAUCGGUGGUGGUUACAUUGGUCUUGAAUUCGCUCAGGCUAUGCGACGCCUUGGAGCUGAAGUCACUGUUAUCGAGAGGAACGCUCGGUUGCUGAAGAAGGAAGACGACGACAUCGUCACGGCUCUGCAAGGAGUCCUCGAAAAUGACGGAGUCAAGAUCCUCACUUCCACAGCCAUCGCAAACGUCACGGGGCAAUCCGGCACCUCAGUAACUGUCACCGGGACCUCCUCCACUUCGCCCUUCACCAUAACAGGCUCUCAUAUCCUCUGUGCCACUGGUCGUCUUCCCAACACAGACAACAUCGGUCUCGAAGACGCCGGUAUAACGCUCACACCUCAAAACUUCAUCUCCACCGAUGAAAAUCUCGAGACCAGUAGCCCAGAUGUGUUCGCCGUGGGCGACUGUGCCGGCUCUCCAAGCUUCACACACAUAGCCUAUGAUGACUUUCGCAUUGUGUCAUCCAUCCUACUCGGACGCCCUCAGCCUCCUCUCCGGAAAUCCAGCUGCCAAGUCCCAUUCACCCUCUACACAACCCCAGAACUUGCCCAUGUCGGUCUCCGCGAGCACGAAGCUGUUUCCAAGGGGUUGAAUUUCCGUCUGGCAAAAAUGCCUAUGGCAGGGUUCCUGAAGACCCGAACGCUGGGCAACACGGCUGGAUUUGCGAAGGCACUGAUUGCAAAUGAUGAUACUAUUCUGGGGUUUACGGUCUUAGGAUUGGGGGCUGGUGAGUUGUUGCCUGUGGUGCAAUUGGCAAUGAAGAAGGGGUUGAGUUAUGAAGAUGUGAGAGAUUUGGUUAUUACACAUCCGACGUUGAGUGAGGGGUUGGUGGGGUUGUUUUCAAGUGUGCCUGCUAAGCAGUGA